CCCUUUGCCCUCCCUGCUUCCUCUCUGCCAGUCCGGCCUGGGCUCCGCUGCUCUGGCCGGCUCGGUGGGCGCCCCGCGCCCCGUGGCAGCUCUCCCUGCCCCUCGCCCGGUAACAUGGCUCCACGCGCACCCAAAUAACCCGGAGUAGCAGCCUCGGGGAGCGGGAUCGGGGCCGCCCCGACUCCGGAGCAGUCAUGGAUGUGAGCAAGAUGACGGUCAGCAUCAAUAAAGCUAUUAAUACCCAGGAAGUGGCUGUGAAGGAGAAACACGCCAGGACGUGUAUCCUGGGAACCCACCAUGAGAAAGGGGCUCAGACCUUCUGGUCUGUGGUGAACCGUCUGCCCCUCUCCAGCAACGCCGUGCUCUGCUGGAAGUUUUGCCACGUGUUCCACAAACUCCUCCGAGAUGGGCACCCCAACGUCCUGAAAGACUCCCUGAGAUACAAAAAUGAGUUAAGCGACAUGAGCAGGAUGUGGGGCCACCUGAGCGAGGGCUACGGACAGCUUUGCAGCAUCUACCUCCGCCUGCUGAGAACCAAGAUGGAGUACCACACCAAGAACCCCCGCUUCCCAGGCAACCUCCAGAUGAGCGACCGGCAGCUGGACGAGGCAGGAGAGAGCGAUGUCAACAACUUUUUCCAGCUCACGGUGGAGAUGUUCGACUACCUGGAGUGUGAGCUGAACCUCUUCCAGACAGUGUUCAGCUCCUUGGACAUGUCCCGCUCUGUGUCGGUGACGACGGCGGGCCAGUGCCGCCUGGCCCCCCUGAUCCAGGUCAUUCUGGACUGCAGCCACCUGUACGAUUACACCGUCAAGCUGCUCUUCAAACUCCACUCCUGUCUUCCUGCUGACACUCUCCAGGGCCAUCGAGACCGCUUCAUGGAGCAGUUCAAGAAGUUGAAAGAUCUCUUCUACCGUUCCAGCAACCUGCAGUACUUCAAGCGGCUCAUCCAGAUCCCCCAGCUUCCCGAGAACCCCCCCAACUUCCUGCGGGCCUCAGCCUUGUCAGAACACAUCAGCCCUGUGGUGGUCAUCCCAGUGGAAGCUUCGUCCCCCGACAGUGAGCCCGUCCUAGAGAAAGAUGACCUCAUGGAAAUGGACGCCACUUCUCAGCAGAAUUUCUUUGACAACAAGUUUGACGACAUCUUCGGCAGCUCGUUCAGCAGCGACCCCUUCAACUUCAACAACCAGAAUGGCAUGCGGGGCAGAGAAAAGAAGGACACCCUAAUCGAUCAUCUGUACCGGGAGAUCGAUGGCCUGAAGAAGGAGCUCGAGAAUGUCAAGGCCGAGAAACACCUAGCGGUCCUGCAGCUGAAGGGUCGCAUCAGCGAGCUGGAGGCCGAGCUGGCCGAGCAGCGACACCUGCGGCAGCAGGCGGCCGACGAGAGCGAGUUCCUGCGGGCCGAGCUGGACGAGCUCAACAAGAAGCGGGAAGACACCGAGAAAGCUCAGCGGAGCCUCACCGAGAUAGAGAAGAAAGCCCAGACAAAUGAGCAGCGCUACAGCAAGCUGAAGGAGAAGUACACUGAGCUGGUGCAGAACCAUGCUGACCUGCUGCGGAAGAACGCCGAAGUGGCCAAACAGGUCACCGUGAUGCGGCAGGCCCAGGCCGACCUGCAGCGAGAGAAGAAGGAGCUGGAGGACACCUUCCAUCGUGCAAACGAGCAGGCCCAGCGCAAGACACAAGAACAGACCGAGGUCCUGGAGACCUUAAAGCAAGAACUUGCCAUCAGCAAACAUGAGUUCCAAGUCCUCCAAGGCACCCUGGAAACCUCUGCCCAGUCAGAAGCAAAGUGGACCUUGCAGGUGGAAGGCCUGGAGCGGGAGCGGGCCAGCCUGGCACAGAUCGCCUCUGAGCGCUGUGAAGAGAUCUCCUCCCUUCGGGGCCGCCUGGAGCAGACGCAGUCCGAGCUGACCAUGGCACAGGAAUCCAUGCAUCAGAUCGCCAAGGGCCAGCGGAAGUCAUUUCUCCUGCAAACGGGGCAGGAGGCCGAGAAGAUGGUGCAAGACGCUCUGAGCCAGCUCGAGGACCCCGUCCUCAUCAGCUGCGCUGGGUCCGCAGAUCACCUCCUUUUCAAGACCAAUUCUGUUGUGAAGUGCAUCGCCCAGGUGGAGGACGCCCGGAGCCAGUACCUGCAGUCCCCGGACGAUGUCAGCGGGCUGCUGCGGUCCAUGACCCUCUUGGCCCACCUGGUGAGUGACAGCAUCCUCCAGGGCAGCACCACCUGUCUCACCACAUCCUUGGAGCCCGCGGAGACACUGACGGAGGCCUGCAAGGAGUAUGGCAAGGAGGCCCUGCUCUACCUGUCGGCCCUGAAGGAGGAGGAGAGCCUCCAGCACGCGGACAGCGCGGCCCUGAGGAGCUGCCUCAGCAAGAUCACGGACAUCGGCCAGGAGCUGAGACCCAGAGGCCUGGACAUAAGGCAGGAGGAGCUGGGGGACCUGGUGGACAAGGAGAUGGCCGCCACUUCAGCCGCCAUUGAGACUGCCACGGCCAGGAUAGAGGAGAUGCUCCACAGGUCCCGCGCCGGGGACACCGGGGUCAAGCUGGAGGUGAAUGAGAGGAUCCUGGGCUCCUGUACCAGCCUCAUGCAGGCUAUUCAGAUCCUCAUUCUGGCCUCCAAGGACCUUCAGAAGGAGAUUGUGGAGAGCGGCCGGGGUGCAGCGUCCCCCAAAGAGUUCUAUGCCAAGAAUUCCCGAUGGACAGAAGGACUGAUCUCGGCCUCCAAAGCUGUCGGCUGGGGAGCCACGGUCAUGGUGGACGCGGCGGACCUGGUGUUUCAAGGAAAAGGGAAGUUUGAGGAGCUGAUGGUGUGUUCCCGGGAAAUCGCAGCCAGCACAGCGCAGCUGGUGGCCGCGUCCAAGGUGAAGGCCGACAAGGACAGCGCCAACCUGGCCCGGCUGCAGCAGGCCUCCCGCGGGGUCAACCAGGCAACGGCGGAGGUGGUGGCGUCCACCAUGGCGGGGAAGUCGCAGAUCGAGGAGACAGAAAGCAUGGACUUCUCCAGCCUGACCCUGACGCAGAUCAAACGCCAGGAGAUGGACUCCCAGGUCAAAGUGUUGGAACUGGAAAAUCAGCUGGAGAAGGAGCGUCAGAAGCUGGGCUACCUGCGCAAGAAGCACUACGAGCUGGCCGGCGUGGCCGAAGGCUGGGAGGAGGAGUCAGGAGCCCCUCCACUUACUGGGCCCGAAGCCGCGGCAGAGAAGGACUAGAGCGCAGCCACCCCCUGACAUCAGCCUGUAAAUCCUUAUAGCUCGUCUCUGUGCUUGUCAUGUCGCCGCUCCACUGCCCACCUGCCCAGGCUGCAGACUGACCACUCCCCCAGGCCUGGCCAGGCGAGGCCUUCCACAGAGCCCCCACCCCACGGGCCCACCGAGCGACCUCCCUCCCCACCGACUGCGUUCCGGGGGGCUGAGAGCCCUUGGAAAAGGCGCCGGCGGGCGGCACGUCUCGGCCACGUGACUCACUUCCUCUCCACGCUCAUUUCUUAGGGCUUUCUGUUUGCCCGGGGUCGGGGGCUGGGACUGCAGGGAGGGGCCGAGCAAGAGACUUCAUCAGCACCUCUCCCUUUUCUUCUCAGUCUUUUCCGUUUCAUCAUUUGCACAAACUGGGAGCAUCCGAGGUGGAUCCCAAGUUGGAGGUGCUCUCCCGGCUCUGUCCACAGAGAAAAGAUGGCAGGCGGGUCUUGACUGAGAAGGCCAGGGCAGUUCCCCCCUCCUUGGCAGUCUCACGGAUGCCCCGCUGCUUCUUAGGGAGCUGGGUUUUUGUUCUGUUUAUGGAAAGUCACUUCUUGUAGCCAGCUUUCCCGCAGGGAGCCCUCGGAAGCUCUUGGGCCACAAACGGCCCCCACUACCACGAUGGUUAAACAAUUACUGGUGCUGCUCAGGCUUUGCCCUUGGUGCUCCACAUCCACCAUAUUACUGGCCUCUGCAGGAGUGUGGAACGGUCGUGUCCACUUCCUGGAAGGGAGGACAGCUGUUGAGGGGUGAUAGUUUCCUCCUGAGGGGAAGGCAGGUAGAGUGCCUUGUGUUACUGGAGCUGGACCCCGGCUGACCCCCAGAAUUUGUCUCCACACAUGUGGGGACCACAAAAAGAGGGGGGAGGGAAGGGAAGGGGCCAGCCCAGGUCCUUGAGAAACCGUCAUCUGUGGCAACAAGUCGCGAUCAAGCUUCAGAAACCCCCCCCUUUGCCCUCUCUGGAGGGGGAUGCUAAGAACAGCAACUCUGCUCUGUGCAGCUGCUCCAUGCUGAGCAGGGUACCAAGGAGAUGGAGAAAUCUCAGUGGCUUUCUCCGAAUGGUCAGCCUUGUCAUCUUCUUGAAGUGAAGGUGGACAGUGACCUUUUCCAGCUAAUUAAGCCCCGAAGCAGGCCGUCCCCCAAAAAGGAUACAGGCUUCUAUUUGGUGGUCAUCUCCUCUGGUCAGUUCACAGUGCCCUGUGCUAUUAAUAACUAACCAUCCACAGGCAGCAAACACUCUUUGAAGAAAUGCUUGGAGCAGUCGCUGUCAGAGAUAACCAUCUGACUGCUGUUUCCCAUCCAUCGAUCUUCAUGAACAAGAAAGAAGAAGGCAAGGCUACCACCUUUGGACCCCUUGCCAAAGAGGCUCCUCAGAACACCUGGGUAAUUGUCCAAAAAUGGAGAGGAAAGGAUAGCAUAAGAACCGAUUCCCUUGUCCCUUCCUUCCACAAAGGUUUUCUCCACUGACCACACUGUAUCUCUCCUUACAAUGGGUUGAGGUGGCAAAUAUGAGCAAUCCCAAAGAGAUAAUUGGCCAUUGGAAAACACUUCUACCCAAGGAAACUCCACUACCCAAAAUUCAAAUGGUUCUUGGAUCCUGGUAGUAGCAGCCAAAAAAUUUCCACUAGGACCCGUGUCAGAAGAACGUAAGAACAGCCACAUCAUGGCAGAAGAUAGAAAUCCUGUUCGAGCCCCAUGACGCAAUGGAAGAAGGAAGCCAGAAAGACCACCUUUGUGCAUUUUAAAAGUAAGGACGUUUUAGAAAACAGGAACAUAGUCACAAACCCAGAAGGACCACGUUCUAUUCAAGAAGUCAGCCAUGCAAACAGUUCCUUUGUGCUUGACAUCUUCCCCCUCCAAAGACUUGACAAGAUAAUGCACUUUGUCACCGGGCCAUGUGGAUAGGUCAGGAUUUUACCAAGUGGUUCAAUGCCCCUUGAAAGUAUUCAGUCUUAACUCUCAUGCUUUCUUUUAAUAGAAAAAAGAGAGAAUGGCUUUAGACAAGGCUCCCUCCAUAGACUGAAGGCCAUUCCUCCACAAAAUUAACUAAAGUCAUUUUAAAAGCUGCUGUGAAUUUUGCUGAGUGGAGGUGGUGAUAAGAUGGGGGGCUAGUUUAUAUCGUAAGGCUCAUCUGGAUUUUACGCUAGGGCUGUGCCUUGUGAGAUGUGCAGAUUUAGAGACAUCUCCACUCCAAUGUUCAUUUGGACUGUUUGUGUCCAGCCUGUGGUAGAGCCUUCCAUGUUCAUAUUUGUCUGAUCAGCCACAGGCAGACACACUGUACCUCGACCCCAACACAGUAAUGUCACUUUGGUCCUCUCUGAGAACAAGGACAGGAACUGAGGGAUGCUGAUGUAAAACUGUUUUCUAAACGCCUCAAUUAAAAAGAUCAGAGAAGGUGGUCGAGACUCCUGCUCACUCUAAAAAUGGAGCGUGAACACACAGGGGAGGCCUUUGAUUGGAAUAUAUCAGCUUUCAUGGCAGAGUGAACUUCAUUGACUAAAUUGCUGAACAUGCUUAGUUGAACCAGGAUAUCUGAGCCAUGGGAAAGUGUAGAGAUGCUCCUGGGAUGGGAAGUCAGCAGUCGGAGCAGGCUAGUGAGUGAGCAAGGUGAACUAUAGAGUCCGUUAGUACUUAGAGUGAGUGUGCACCCAUGAAAAGGAGAAUUGUGGAAGAGUAUACUUCUUUGGCAAUAGGGGGUUGAUCUGCUCUGCAAUUACUUUUAAGCCAAGAUAAAGUUUCUCAGUUAAUCUGUUGACAGUUCUGCCUAGAUUUCCGAGUCCUCUAUCUGAAACAUAGGUUUGUGACUUCAGACCCAAAGCUGUAGGGGCCACGUGUUGACCUGAGCUUCUCUUCUUGGAAUUGUUUCUGCCACCAAACUGAGCAAGAAUGACCACAUCGGUCACGUCCGUUACCACUGGCCUUUCUAACUUCCAGCCCAGAGAAACACUUACCUCCUGGCCAGCACCUAAACCCACGGGAGCCCAAUGUCUCUGCCCUGGUCUUUACCAUGCUUUGUUGCCAUUCCCUUUACAAAUCAAUCAGAAAAACCUUGCUGCUGAUUAAGCCUUUGGUCCCCACAUUGGCCUUUCAACGGAGGCUCCUCAGGCCCCAUUGUCUCUAACCCCCGUAAAGCCCACACUGCCUGUAGCAGAGAGCGAUAUAGCAUUAUAGGUUGGUCAGAUUUUUGGUCUCUCAUACAAACCCAGAAAAUCUUCCCAGCUGUUUGCUGAGGACUUCCAUUAUUUCCCAGGUCCAAACCAACUCUAAUAUCACCAACCCACUGAUGUGGUAUGCUGCCUUUCACCCCAGGAGCCAAAGCAAUACAGAAGAUCUAUUGGUUACCGCUGGGCCCAGUGCUGAGAGCAGUG